CCGCGGAUGGCAAGAUGGCAGUUGGUUUCUGGUUCUUUCUCCGAUUGGAACCCCUCUCACCGACCUUUCGACCCGCGGGGGUGAAGAAGCAUGCCCCCGGCAGGGGCAGCGGCGUUAAUCGCGUGCAGUACCUCUGUAAAUAAAUCUAAAAGAGGGAACGCCGCCGAGAUAACUCCUCGGGGGGAGGCGGGAGGGGGGCGUCGCGACGCUCAGCGCGCGGCGCGGCCCAGAGAACGUGGUGGUUGGUAUCGACCCGGAGGGUGGCGAGCGCUAGGCGCACGCCUGGACGCCGCCGACUACUGGAAGAAUGUCGUGCGACUGCGGUGCGCUCGGUGUAGCCCGGCCAGUGCCCCGCGCGCGGGCGGUUCAUCUGAUCAUCCGGGUGUUCGGUUGACGGUGCGAGUCGCGGCCGCAGCGGAGCGCCCUGACCUGGCGACCACGAAACGCGCCACGCCUCGCCCAGGAGGCAGGUGAGCGACCCGGGUCGAGGAGCGCCUCGUCUCCGAGUCCUGGACAUUGUGCGUGGAAGACCUCUGCACUCGAGUGUCGGGCAUUAGCGAGCGCUGACAUGCGGACGAUGAGGGCCUGAGCUUGGACAAGAGACUGAAGCAUGGCGCAGAGGUCCGAGACCUCCAACGAGGAGUCGUAUCUGAGCUCGGGGCGGCCGUCGAACCUCCUAAAGACCUCCUUCUCGAACGCCAAGCUCGAGCGUCUUUACCGAGCCUCCUCGCUUCAGCAGCGCCGCGGUGGGUUGCACUGUUUCCUAUUCUCCGCCAUUCUCUUCGACGUCUUCGUCCUGCUCUCGCCCGAGGCAGAGACCCCGGCGAGGGGACUUACCGGCGUCUUCCUUGGCGCCAACAUCGCCCUCCUCGCUUGGGCCCAGCGCGGUGCCAAGGCCAGGGACUUCGUCUGGUCCACCAUCACCCUCGUCGCCUGGCACAUCUCGAUUGCUCAGAUACUAGUUCAGCUAUUCCUCAAGUCUACCGAGGUUACACCGCGUGACGGCCUCGGCUGGCUUCUGCUUCUGCUGUACCUCCUCUUUGCCACCCUUCCGCUAAGGCUGUCCUUAUGCUCGCUACUGGCCCUUGGCAGCGCCGUUGCCUACAUCGUGACGGUUGUCGGACUGUCGAAGGCCCCUUCGCAGAUACCGAUCGAUGUGCUAAUACUGACGGUCACACUGUCGGCCGGUGCUGCUGCAUUGGGGGCUUCGAGUUACUCCUUGUCGGAGUUUCAACAGCGCAGAGCCUUCCUUGAGACUAGACAGAGCCUCGAAGUUCAGCUGGUAAUCGAAGAGCAGAGUGCGGAACAGGAGCGCUUACUGCUUAGCGUCCUGCCGGAGCACGUAGCCGUGAAAAUGCGACAGGAUUUGGGCGCGUCGAUGGACACCCAGUUCAAGAAGAUAUACAUGUCAAGGCACGAGAACGUGUCCAUACUAUACGCCGACAUUGUCGGGUUCACGGCGAUAUCAUCGACCUACAGCGCCAGCGAACUGGUCAAGAUAUUAAACGAACUUUUCGCUCGAUUUGAUCAGCUCAGUGAACGGUACGAGCAACUACGUAUCAAGAUACUGGGGGACUGUUAUUACUGCAUAAGCGGAGCCCCGGUUGAGCGGCCAGAUCACGCGGUGCUCUGCAUACACAUGGGACUAUCGAUGGUCGACGCCAUAAAGUACGUUCAGCAGACGACAAACAGCCCGGUCGACAUGAGGGUCGGAAUUCACACGGGAGCUGUUCUGGCCGGUGUUCUUGGUCAGAGGCAGUGGCAGUUCGAUGUCUACAGCAAGGACGUUGAGCUCGCUAACAAGAUGGAGAGUAGUGGAAUGGCGGGGAGGGUUCACAUAUCGAACACCACCCUGAGUUUCCUGAACGGGGAAUUCGAAGUGGAACCUGCCUACGGAGAAAAACGCGAGGAGGCACUGCAGAAGGCCGGUUUAACGACGUACUUUAUCGUCAGAGCCCUGAAGCAAUGUCCACCUCCAGCCACCAAUAAGAGUCUGGCAUCAUUUACUGGUGAGUCGAUUCGCAACAAGGCUGACGAAGACGAGGAAGGACCAGCCGAAGAUUCCGAAGACUUUAGACAGCGACUACGCAAGGAGUUGUGCAGCAGAGACGGCGGAGCGGAGUUGCGUGGCCACGCGUCCUGGUUUACCCUCCAGUUCAAGGACCCGCAAGUGGAACACGCUUUUCACAGUGCGAAGGAGGCAUUUUCGCCGCUAUCGCUACUGGGCGGACCCUUGGUAAUGGUCGCGGCGUCGCCAGUUUGGAGGCUACAGCCGUGGGGCCCCUUCACGUGGGGUGGGGCUGGGGUAGUGACGCUCUUCGGGGUUGUUUUGGCGGGGGCAACGUGCCUGGGGAGCGCUGUACGACCGCGCUGGUUCCGGCGGACACUGGCACUGCUGAUGAUAUUCUCGCUAAGUGUCUUCCUGCUGCUUGACAUGGGUAACUGCGCCAUCGUCGAGGACAUCGAACCACCCACCAACACCUCGCUUGGUUGGUACCCCCGCUGCCCGUACCCCUCCUACUACUCCUACGUCGGCGUUCUCGCCCUCGUUGUUAUCUCCAUGCCCGCCUACAUCAGCUACCUUGGCAAGGCCCUCCUCAUGAGUAUCCUAGCCAGCGCUCAGUGCAGCGUCAACGUCAUGAUCCUCGGGCCCAGUCUGGACAGGGAAGACCUGGCCAUCUACCCACCAGGCUCAGUCGCCUUUCCGCUUAAGUACGCACUCUCAGCGACGCUGAUACUCAUCACGCUCACCCUCGUUGUCGUCGCAAAAUACACCGAGAAAGCGAGGAGGAUUCUUUACUUACGAGGCAGGGAAGUCGUGGCACAGCGGGAACGCGUCGCUGACAUGAAGCGGAGGAACGGCGCCCUGAUUUACAACAUCCUGCCGCCGCACGUGGCCGCCUAUUUUCUGUCCACUGCCAGGCACCACGAUGAUCUCUACAGUCAGAGCUACGCCGAGGUCGGUGUCCUCUUCGCGAGCAUGCCCAACUUCGCUGACUUCUAUAGCGAGGAAAGCAUCAACAACCAGGGACUGGAGUGCCUCAGGUUCCUCAAUGAGGUCAUUUCGGACUUUGACGCGAUCUUGGACCAGUCCAAGUUCAAGGACAUCAUCAAAAUCAAGACUAUCGGUUCCACUUACAUGGCAGCCUCCGGUAUCACUGAGUCCGAUGAGCCCGAGGACGGUCCGAGGUGGGGUCACCUUUCGACCCUGGUCGAGUUUGCUCUCGAACUCAAGAAGGCCUUGUCCAGCAUAAACGAGCAGAGCUUCAAUCACUUCGUGCUGAAAAUGGGUAUCAACCAUGGGCCCAUAACUGCUGGCGUUAUCGGUGCCAGGAAACCUCACUACGACAUUUGGGGAAACACCGUGAACGUUGCUUCUCGGAUGGAAAGCACUGGGAAGGUCGGCUGUAUUCAGGUCACUGAUGAGACCCGGAAGAUCCUAGAGCCCUUCGGCUUCGAGUUUGAGCAGCGUGGGCUGGUCUUCGUUAAAGGAAAGGGUCAACUGCUGACGCACUAUCUAGUAGCACGGGACAGCAUUCCCCUGGACUUGGACAGUGAUCUGCCCGUUGAACCAAUUCAUCCGAUCAUCUACCAGUAGAUGAUGGUGUUUGAAAGAAAGUGAAAGAUUUGAUCUACUAUCCUGGUCUCAGGGGAAAGCGUACAGUAGGGCGCGUCACCUUCUGCCGGGGUAAUAAUGGCGGACUCGAUUCCUGAGGGGUCUGGUUUUAUUUGGUUGUUUAGUUCGAUUUUUCACUUUGGUUUCCUAUUGCCGGUUGUACACAGUAAUCUCUCAACGUAGACAGUGAUAGUCGUUGCAAGGACGAGUCGGUUUGAAGUGAAUAUCAUCAAUGACGUGAUGGCUUGUUGCGUAACCAGCCUAGUGUACAUUAACGAUAUUUCGGCAAGCAUGGCUUUUGAAUUAGAGCGUUUUUUAUUCAUAGGUUUUGUUUCUUUUGCCUUCCUUUUACCCUAUCUAUACUUUGGAUAUAUUUAUAGCUAGUUUACAUCCGGACUCAAUGUGUUUGGAACACACACGUGGAUGUGUUGUAUUUGUGUUAUGUAGGAGAGAGAGGGAGAGAGAGAGAGAGAGAGA